CGUCGUGUUUACGGCAGCCAGUUCCCCACAGCACCAGACAACAUGGCGGCGGCUGCGCAGUUUCCCGCUCCUGAUGUUUCAGCGGGAAAAGACAGCGGAGCACCGGGAGCACCGGGAGCACCGGGAGCACCGGGAGCACCGGGAGCUGCUGCCGCCUCUGCCAGGGAUAAGCCGGUGUGUCUCAUCGUGCUCGGCAUGGCGGGCUCCGGGAAAACCACCUUCGUACAGAGGCUGACGGCUCAGCUUCACUUGCUGAAGUCUCCUCCAUACGUCAUCAACCUGGAUCCCGCCGUCCACGAGGUCCCCUUCCCCGCAAACAUCGACAUCAGGGACACCGUGAACUACAAGGAGGUGAUGAAGCAGUACGGCCUCGGACCCAACGGAGGCAUCGUGACGUCACUCAACCUGUUCGCUACACGCUUUGAUCAGGUGAUGCAGUUCAUCGAGAAGAAGCAGCACAGUCACCGGUACGUGCUGAUUGACACCCCGGGUCAGAUUGAGGUCUUCACCUGGUCCGCAUCUGGCACCAUCAUCACCGAAGCUCUGGCGUCGUCCUUCCCCUGCGUCGUCAUCUACGUGAUGGACACGUCCCGCAGCGUCAGCCCCGUCACCUUCAUGUCCAACAUGCUGUACGCCUGCAGUAUUCUCUACAAGACCAAGCUGCCCUUCAUCGUCGUCAUGAACAAGACUGACAUCAUCGACCACAGCUUUGCAGUGGAGUGGAUGAAGGACUUUGAGGUCUUCCAGGACGCUCUGAACCAGGAGACAUCGUACGUGAGCAACCUGACGCGCUCCAUGAGUCUGGUUCUCGACGAGUUCUACACCAACCUGAGGGUGGUGGGCGUGUCCGCGGUGACAGGAAGCGGAUUGGACGAGCUGUUUGUUCAGGUGGAGGAUGCUGCUGAAGAGUACGACAGAGACUAUCGGCCUGAAUAUGAACGACUGCGCAGACAGCUGGUGGAGGCUCAGUCUCAGAAGCAGCAGCAGCAGCUGGAGCGGCUCAGGAAGGACCUGGGCGCCGUCGCCAUGACGACCACACCUUCCACAGAGGAAGCUGACAUAGCCGGGCCCAGUGACCUCAUCAUGACCCGUGGUAACCCUGACGACGACGAGGAGGAAGAGGACAGCGACACGGACGACAUCGACCACAGCGCCACGGAGGAGAGCAAAGAGGCCGACGCCUUCGGAAACUUCCUGCUUGAGAGGAAGGAAGUGGUUCAGGUCCGAAACAAAAAGUGUGCAGCGCCUGAGGGACCCUGACCUCUGACCCCUGACCUCUGACCCCUGAGUGAGUCAGGACAGACACACGGAGACUGAUGAAGGUGGAGGACAGAGUUCCCCUCCGUGGGAUCCGGACCGACCUGUGGAGACUUUGGACGUUUUUUUCUUCAGACGUUCAGCUGAACUUCCUGUCUAAUCAGGUGACCUCUGCUGAAAGCUGAUUGGCUGCUGCUUCCACAAGAAAAGGAAAAGUUCUAUUUUUAUAUGAGUGAAGACUCGUCGUGUUCUUGUUCGUCACUGAAACGAUUUCCGAGCUGCAAAAUAAAAACCUUUUAGUUGAAAGCUUUAA